AGUGGCAGGUCCCCAUCCAACAAUGAAGCUGAUUGGGUAGCAGAUAAGAGAAGGCGGACUUCUUCAAUUCCUCACAAAGACCAAAUUACAAACUCUCUCAUGGCUGCUUCAUCAACAGCACCGCCAUGUUACUCUCUCUCUACCCUCCAUUCUUCCCUUUUCCCUUCCUUCAAAUCACGCUCUCUUCUUUCGUUUUCUUCCAAGCCAAAGCGCGCCCAAAGGCGUUUUGUUGUUCAGGCAUCUGCAACUCUUGAGUCCAGCAAUGGUGCCAUUGUUGCUGAAGAGUCCGACAACAGCACUUCAUAUGGAAGGCAGUUCUUCCCAUUGGCUGCCGUGGUUGGUCAGGAUGCUAUUAAAACUGCUCUGUUGCUUGGGGCUAUUGACCGUGAGAUCGGAGGGAUUGCCAUCUCUGGGAAAAGAGGAACUGCCAAGACAGUAAUGGCUCGUGGACUGCAUGCAAUUUUGCCCCCAAUUGAUGUUGUUGUUGGUUCAAUAGCAAAUGCUGAUCCCACCCGCCCAGAAGAAUGGGAAGAUGGACUAGCUGAACAAGUGGAAUAUGAUUCUGCUGGUAACAUCAAGACUCAGAUUGUCAGAUCUCCCUUUGUCCAGAUUCCACUUGGAGUCACAGAGGACAGACUAGUUGGAUCUGUUGAUGUUGAGGAGUCUGUAAAAACUGGAACUACUGUUUUCCAGCCGGGCCUUCUUGCUGAAGCUCAUAGAGGUGUUCUCUAUGUUGACGAGAUAAAUCUUUUGGACGAGGGUAUCAGUAAUUUGCUUCUUAAUGUAUUGGCAGAAGGAGUUAAUAUUGUGGAAAGAGAGGGAAUCAGCUUCAGGCACCCAUGCAAGCCACUUCUGAUUGCCACUUAUAACCCAGAAGAGGGUGCUGUACGUGAACACUUACUAGAUCGUGUUGCAAUUAACUUGAGUGCAGAUCUUCCAAUGAGCUUUGAAGAUCGUGUUGCAGCUGUAGGAAUUGCCACACAAUUUCAGGAACGCAGUAAUGAAGUUUUUCAAAUGGUUGAGGAAGAAACAGAAUAUGCAAAGACUCAGAUCAUUUUGGCUAGGGAAUAUUUGAAGGAUGUUAGUAUCAGCAGAGACCAAUUAAAGUAUCUGGUUAUGGAAGCCCUACGAGGUGGUUGCCAGGGACACAGAGCUGAGCUGUAUGCUGCUCGUGUUGCAAAAUGUUUAACUGCUUUAGAAGGACGUGAAAAAGUCAAUGUGGAUGAUCUGAAAAAAGCUGUAGAACUGGUCAUUCUCCCCCGUUCAAUCAUCAAUGAGAAUCCACCAGACCAGCAAAACCAACAGCCUCCACCUCCACCACCUCCUCCCCAAAAUGAAGAUUCUGGAGAAGAGCAGAAUGAGGAAGAAAAUCAAGAGGAUGAAAAUGAUAAGGAAAAUGAACAACAGGAACAAAUACCUGAAGAGUUUAUCUUUGAUGCAGAAGGUGGUUUGGUGGAUGAGAAACUUCUCUUCUUUGCACAACAAGCACAGAGAAGACGUGGGAGGGCCGGGAGAGCAAAGAAUGUUAUAUUUUCUGAGGAUAGAGGACGAUAUAUUAAGCCCAUGCUUCCAAAGGGUCCUGUAAAGAGAUUAGCUGUUGAUGCAACCCUUAGAGCAGCAGCACCAUAUCAAAAGUUGCGAAGGGAAAAAAAUACCCAGACGGGUAGGAAAGUUUUUGUAGAGAAAACUGACAUGAGAGCAAAAAGAAUGGCACGAAAAGCUGGAGCAUUGGUGAUAUUUGUGGUUGAUGCAAGUGGCAGCAUGGCUCUGAACCGAAUGCAGAAUGCAAAAGGUGCAGCACUCAAAUUAUUGGCAGAGAGUUACACUAGCAGAGAUCAGGUUGCUAUCAUUCCAUUUCGUGGAGACUCUGCAGAAGUUCUCCUGCCUCCUUCCAGAUCAAUUGCAAUGGCAAGAAAACGGCUUGAGAGACUUCCUUGUGGUGGAGGUUCCCCCCUAGCUCAUGGUCUAACCACAGCUGUCAGGGUUGGGCUAAAUGCAGAGAAGAGUGGUGAUGUUGGGCGUGUGAUGAUUGUUGCGAUAACUGACGGUAGAGCCAACAUAUCAUUGAAAAGAUCUACUGACCCUGAGGCUGCUGCUGCUGCUGAUGCCCCCAGACCUUCUGCCCAAGAGUUAAAGGAUGAGAUUCUGGAAGUUGCUGGGAAAAUAUACAAAGCAGGGAUGUCUCUGCUUGUGAUCGACACUGAAAACAAGUUCGUCUCAACUGGUUUUGCCAAGGAGAUUGCAAGAAUUGCUCAAGGGAAAUACUACUACUUGCCAAAUGCUUCCGACGCGGUCAUCUCAGCCACCACAAAGGAAGCUCUUUCAGUCCUAAAAAAUUCAUGAUCUCUCCAGAUUGUUUCAUCCAAAUUCCCAGUGUUGUAUGCCAAUUUUGGUUGAACCAAGUAUGAAUCUUUGCUUUUCUGUUUGAACCACAUGGACAUGUAGUAAGCCAUUCCUUCUGUAAUAAAAACUUUUCUUUCUCAUCA